AUGCCGAUAUUUGCAGAUAGUUUUUGGACUGCGGACUACACUACUGGUCUGAAUGUGCUUUUUGAGAAGUUAUAUGAUGGCUGUGAAGAAUGCGACAUGUUUAUUCAAGUGUUCGCAUCGAGGAUGCAAUAUGAAGUGAGUUAUGGUCGUCAGCUUGGUAGUAUCAAGAGUGGCAUUGAUCACGUUGAUAGGAUUGAUGAUGAUCCUGAAGUGACGACGACAACGGCAUUGAAAGAGUUAAUCAAGCAGACCUCUAACGAGGGAAGCCAGCACUUGGCAAUAGCCUCCAAUAUCGAAGCGAUGGCUCUCCAACCUUUUAGUAAAUGGUGCAAUGACCAUAGAAAACGUAUUGAGUAUUCGGAAAAGACCUUGAAGAGCAACGUUAAUAAUUUUCACAAAUCCAAGAAAUAUGUCUCAAAAUUGGAGCAAGAGUACUUGAAUAAAUGUAGACAAUUGGAGGAUUUCAAGCUGAGCAAUUUUAAUGAUGAGGAAUUAGCCGCAGCAAUGGAAGGUUUGAAGCUGCAAAAGAAAUACGAGAAAGAUAUUGCUAGAGAACAAGAAUUUCAGCAUUUUGGUAGUGUGGGGGGGAUAGCAUUCGAUUUCAAGAGUAUGAGGGAAACACUACAACUCUUGCUUACAAAACUUCCGAAAAAUGAAUACAAAGUACCACUUAUUAAUUUUACAUUACAAAAUACAAAUAGCGGGGGAGAAAUAACAAAAUUUAUUUUGGAAAAUAUGUCAUUGAAGGAUAUUGAUCAAGCAGAAACUUUUGGUCAGGACCUUUUGGACUUGGGUUUUUUGAAAUAUUGCAAUGGUGUGGGUAACACUUUCGUGAACUCUAAAAAGUUUCAGUAUCAAUGGAAAACCGGUGCUUAUAAGUUUGCCAAUGUGGCCCAGCCAUUUGCUGAUAGCGAAUCUAAUUUACCUCAAAUGGAACCCAAGAUAUCUAAUUAUAUACAAGAUUUUGCAUCUAAAAUAUCUUCGGCACCUUCAAAUUCAUCCGGCCAUUCAACACCUUCUGCAAUCACAGCCCCUGCGAUCUCUGAGUCAGAAAAGACGUUACUGAAAAUGCUGAAAGACAUGGAGAAUUACGACAAUCGAUAUCGCCAUGAGUGCAGUAAGAUGGAUCUUUUGAGAUGCUCUAUCGAGGAGCUCAUAGUUGACCAUCUUUCCUUCAUGGAAAAAUGUGAAAUGGAUAGGCUAAAGGCAAUAAAAAAGGUUACUUUUGACUUUUUAGGUGCUGUUGGAAACAAGAUAUCGGCUUUGAAGAUUUGUAUUGAUGCUAUGCUAGAAAGGGAGAGUAAGAUGGAUCCUGCGGCGGACUUAUUGCACUUGUUAUCCAAAUACAGAACUGGUGUUUUCAAGCCUAGAGUUCUAAACUACAAUAAUUAUUAUAACCCUGGCGCUUUCCAAAAUUUUGGGAUCGAUUUGGAAACUCGCUGCAGGCUCGAUAAGAGAAUGGUGCCAUCAAUAGUAACUUUAAUUUUAUCAUAUAUGGACGGAAUAUAUCCUGAAUUGGCCUCCGAUAACGUAAGGACCGCUGUUUGGAUUGCACCAGUAAAACUUAGCCUCACACAUCAGUUAAGACAGUUGCUGAACAAAGGACAAUCAAAUGACGAGAAGGAAGUCAUUUCAAUACUCAAGCAACACGAUAACGAACCCAGCAUCGUUGCAAGUGUUCUGAAAAUAUAUCUUUUGGAGCUGCCUGAACCAUUAAUAUCUAACGAUAUCUAUGACAUCCUGAAGGUACUUUAUGCUGAAUAUUCAUUGAAACCAUCACUGUCAACAGAAGAAGCUGCCUCCUCGAAAGAAAAAAGCGAAGACAAUAAUGAAGAUUUAAUCAAUGAAACAGAAACAAACAGGAUUACAGGUCUUUCUGCGACUCUUUCUUCCUUGCCCAAACCUCAUAUAGCAACUCUAGAUGCAAUCAUUUCACAUUUUUAUCGAUUGAUAAAAAUUUUAAAGAUAGGUGAAAAUGGUGACGAGGUCGCGGUAGAGUUCACUUCAGAAAUUUCGAAAGAGUUUGCGAACUGUAUCAUUGAAGUACGAAUGCCCGACGGCAAUGACUUGGGUUACAGAAUAUUUUAUGAUCUCCUAACACAUAGAAAACAAGUUUUUGGCGAGUUGAAAAGACAAGGUUCAAAGAGUAGAGGGGGAAGUACAUAA